AUGGCUCAUUCUAAACCGGCUCCGGUUCGGCUCGGUUUCCUUCUCUUCUUCCUCAUGGGAACGGUGGAGCUGGGCGGAGGCAGCAGCCUAGCUUCCGAACGAACGGUCAAACUACGGAGAAGGGCUUUGCUGGAUAACGGACUGGGUCGAACACCCCCAAUGGGCUGGAACAGCUGGAAUCAUUUCAAGUGCAACCUCACAGAGACGCUUAUCAAAGAAACAGCUGAUGCAAUGGUGUUCAGCGGGCUUGCCUCGUUGGGUUAUCACUACAUAAAUUUAGAUGAUUGCUGGGGAGCGUUUGAUAGGGAUUCCAUGGGAUAUCUUCAACCUAAUUCAUCAUUGUUUCCUUCUGGUAUCAAGGCACUUGCAGACUAUGUGCAUGCAAAAGGGCUCAAACUUGGAAUCUAUGGAGAUGCAGGACAGAGAACAUGCACUAAAAGAGUGCCUGGAUCACUUGGAUAUGAGCUAAGAGAUGCGAGAACUUUUGCUUUAUGGGGAAUUGAUUAUCUAAAAUAUGACAAUUGCAACAAUCUUGGCUUAAGUCCAAAGAAAAGAUACAAGAAGAUGAGUAAGGCAUUGAAAUACGCGGGUAGAAAAAUAUUCUUCUCCAUAUGUGAAUGGGGACUAGAACACCCUGCAACAUGGACAUCAACAGUAGGGAAUAGUUGGAGAACAACGGAUGAUAUUCAAGAUGAUUGGGAUACCAUGACUGAUCGCGCUGACCAAAAUAACAAGUGGGCAUCAUUUGCAGGACCUGGUGGAUGGAAUGAUCCAGACAUGCUUGAAGUAGGAAAUGGUGGAAUGAAAGUUGAAGAGUAUCGGUCGCAUUUCAGCAUUUGGUCACUGGCCAAAGCACCUUUAAUUAUUGGUUGUGAUGUUCGAAAUAUGAGCCAUGAAACAUUUGAGAUAUUAAGUAACGCAGAAGUCAUUGCAGUGAAUCAAGACAAACUUGGUAUUCAAGGAAAAAAGGUCAAAGGAAACCGCGAUUUGGAGGUUUGGUCGGGCUUACUUAGCGACGACAAGAUUGCUAUUGUGCUUUGGAACCGAUUAUCUUCACCAAAACCUAUCACUGCAUAUUGGUCUGAUAUUUCUCUUCCUCCUUCAACAAUUGUGGAUGCUCGGGAUCUCUGGGCACAUUCAACCAUUUCAGCAAUUCAGGGAAAGCUGACGGCCAUUGUGAAUCCUCAUGACUGCAAGAUGUUUGUCUUAACGCCAUGGAAAUAA